GAUCAAAAUGGACAUUUUAGCAACAGAAUCAUUUUCUCUUUUUUUUGAGUCACUGUGGAUACUUUGAAGCUUUAACCUAAAAGGACGAUAUUGGCUGAUAAGAUUUUUCAUCUUGUGGUGAUCAAACCAGCGUAACUCUCGCCAAAUAAGUGUUGUCAUAUGUUGGAGCAUGUUCACAGUCUUAACCUUUCUUAAAGUUGUAUCCUAUUUUGUUUUUGAGCCUCUGUGCAAAUAAGUUUUUUUCUAAUUGUGAUGUUUGGGACAAAAGGUGGAUUCUGAUCGGAGCAAUGUCAGCCCCACCUAACCACGCUUGAAUUGCACCUUAAAAUCUUCUGGGUUUUAUGUUAUCAACAUGUCAUUUUUUAGUGGACAUGCGAGCACUGUUAACAUGAUUCCUGACAACAUGGACUCCAACGAGCCGGCAACCCAAGGCGACGUGAGGCCUAGAGUGAUGGGUCUGAUCCUGAGCGUCGCCUCUUGUCUCAUUAUCUCCACCAACCUACUGGUGGCAGCCGCUCUACUUAAGCUACUCCACAAGAAGAGCAGCCAGAGCUGGUGCUUUGUCCUCAACUUGGCACUGGCCGAUGUCCUGGUGGGUGUGGCCAUCACUGGCCUGGCCACAGAGGACUUCAACAGCAACAACAUCACUCAGAACCAGCAAAGCCAUGUCACUGCUGAACCUCCUGCAAAUGCCACGCCUGCUGCUCAGGGCAAGGCCCGGUGUUUGAUGCGCAUGGCCUUCGUGACAUCGCCCUGCACAGCAUCCAUCAUGUCCAUGUUCCUGAUCUCACUAGACCGCUACGCAGCCAUCAAGAUGCCCCUGCGGUACUCCCAGCUGUCGGGGAAGGGGACAGCAGUUGGGUCCCUGCUGGCUCUGUGGAUCAGUUCCCUCACGUUGGGAUUUUUGCCAGUCAUGGUGCGGCAGUUGCAGGCGGACGGCUACAACGGCUUCUGUGCCUUUUUCUCCGUCAUUCACCAAGUGGGCAUGAUUGUGUUAUUCAGCGUGUGCUUCUUCCCGAUACUCUCUGUUUUUGUUUACAUCUACCUGGACAUCCUGAAGAUAGCCUGCAUCCACCAGAAGCAGAUCUGCCAAGUGAGGCAAGCUUGUUCCAGGAGUACUGACCACCAUGGCCAUGAAUAUUACGAGCAUCACCACCAGCAUCAGCAGCUGAGGAGCGGUUACUGGAGCCAUGUCAAGGCCCUGAGGACGGUGGCGGUGCUUGUGGGCUGCUUCUUGGUCCUUUGGUGCCCCUUCUUUGUGGCGUGCAUAGUGCACCUUCUGUGUAAAAGCUGCGAACUCACAGACGUGUUGGAGAAUUAUCUGUGGCUGUUGGGACUAUCCAAUUCACUCAUCAACCCCCUGGUGUACGCGUUCUGGCAAAGGGAGGUGCGGCUGCAGUUAGCAGCCAUGUUUUCCUGCUUUACAGGAAGGUCGUGGGCUGCUGGAUCACCAGGCGUCACAGAAAGAUGUGACUCACAGCCACCUGUGCUUACUCAAGCUGAUGUUUCAGGUGGAGAUACCCUCAACCCUUCACUGUUGCGCUCAAUUAUCCCUAACGACAAGGCUCACACUGUGCCUCUAUCUGCCACGACCAGCUUGUGAAAGAAACCAGAGAAGCGGUGGAAACAAAAGCAUGACUAGAGUGUGUUAUCACUGUGAUAUUCUAGAUACAGAAAGGGACAUACAACAUAAACAACUUGUUUUAAGACCGGAGAAAAGUGAGCUCCACUAUCACCCUAUCUUUCUGAAAUGCUGAAACAUGUCCCUGUCCAAAUUUAACCUACCAGUUAGUAAAAUAUGAGGACUACUUUAGUGGCCUUGACAUUGUGCCACGUGUCCCCUCAAAAGGUGAAUAUCUUUCUUCUGAAUAUGAAAUUAAUAGGUUAAGCUCUAAUUCUGAAUAAGACCUGAACAGGACUCUGACUUACAUGGGUACUAGCUUUAACUUUACUUUGACUUUAAAUUGAUUCAUGAAUUUGACCUCAUUUAUUCACAACCACAGUUAUUUUUGGAAUCUUUUUUAAAUACUGGAGUUGAGAGUUGAUAUUGUUCUUCUUCAGCACUUACCCAGGGACCAAUUAUUAAGAUGUUUUGGGGAAACACAGCCUUAAUACUCCAGGGGUUUGUGAGCCAAAAAUAAGAAUAUCAAGUAUUACUUUCCGUAUUCAAUCUUGAUACACUGAUUAUAAACCAUCCAGUUCCUUUCAGCCUGGGCCCAAUCUAGACCUGACAACUAAUAAACUUUUAAAGUCAAAA